UCUAUCCGAUACAUCCGAUAUUAUGAGUUCGACGACGACGACGGAGGAACCGGCAGAAAAACGACCGAAAGUAAUGGUUCAACAGGAGGAGACACCCACCCGGUGUCAGCAUUUCGUGCAGCGCAAAAAGCGCUACUGCAAGAUGACCGUCGGUCGGGGCAAACAGUAUUGUGGGGAACACGAACCCCAAAGACCACCGUCGACGACCACUACUGGCGAUGAGAGCGAAACCGGCACCGACCGGAUACCGUGCCCUCUGGAUCCGAAACACUCCAUUUCGGCAACCAAAUUGGACAAACAUUUACGCAUUUGCAACGCUCGUCCCGUCGAACGACCAGUUUUUAUACAACCGAACGUAAAUGCCGCCUCCGAUGGGGAGGACGACAACUCGCAAUCGGAAGGAACCGCCGUCAAUGAACGGAAGUUGGCGGACGUACCACAGGAUGAACUAAAUGGUUUGAUAGCCAAAAUUGAAGCGAUUUACUCUGGCGAUUGUCGAAUCAAUGCGAUCGAAGAAAUGAUUUUGCAGCAUGCCGCUUUCAGGGAGGAGCUGACGAAUCCGUCCUACGGACCACAAACGUUGAAACACCUAACGCAGUCCGCUUCGCUGCUGGGGAUUGUCGAACGGGAGGGUUUCCUGCGGCGGGAUACUGCUUUCGUUGAAUUUGGAGCCGGGAAAGGGCAAGUUGCUUUUUGGUUGGCUACCGUUAUUCAGCAGUCGGUUAAGGAUGAAUUGGCGAAUACAAAGGUGGUGCUUGUGGAUCGGGCUUCCCACCGACAUAAGCAGGAUAAUCGUAUCGAAGAUCGGCAGAUAGUUGAGCGAAUUCGAGCCGAUAUCGGUGAUUUGGUUUUAAAAAAGUUGGAUGUUUUGCGCGGAAGCAAAAACGUAGUUGGCCUUGGGAAACAUCUUUGUGGAGGAGCGACCGAUUUGGCUUUACGCUGUCUGGUAAAGGCGAAGGAAUCGAGCGCGGGUGGUAAUGGGGAAUACCUUCAAGUGAGUGGAUUUGUUUUUGCCUUAUGCUGCCAUCAUCGGUGCGACUGGAAAAGUUACACUGGCAGGAAAUUUCUUCUGGACAGAGGAAUAGUACGAGAUGAAUUUGAGCUGAUGGUACGAAUGGUUAGUUGGGCAGUUUGUGGCACGGGAACCAGUCGGGAGAAGCGAAAGGUUCAAUUGGAUGGUGAGGAUGGUGUCAAGUAUGGAUUAACCCGAUCCCAACGGGAAAAAGUUGGCAGAAAAUGCAAACGGGUGCUAGACUUGGGUCGAAUAGAAUAUCUAACGGCAAAUGGUUUUAAUUCGCAGCUUAAGCAGUACUCGAAGAGUGAAAUUACACUGGAAAACGUUUGUCUGAUUGGACAUUUCAAUAAAAGUUCUUAA